UUUCUUUCCUAGACUUGGCGCUUAGCCGGCUCUCCUGGCCUCCGUCUUCCCAGUCUCCCUCUGUUUUCUCCUGCAGCCUAUUUGCCCCUCCUCUCCUCCAUCCCUCUCCUCUCCGCUCGCCUUUAUUUUUGCUCCCUAACCCUGUAGCUUUGCUCUCUCUCCUCCCGCUUCCCCUUAGCUUGUCUGUAUUUGGAGCUCCCGGAAGCUGCCGGCGAGUCUCUCCAGGAGCAGCGUGACUGACACCGACUCCUAUUAAAGGGGGAGAAGGAGGAGGGCUGGAAAAGGGGGAGAGAACGCUGGAGGAGGGUGCCAGUGGCGGAACACGGAUUUUCAUUGCCGAAGACAAAACCCCAGGUCACCGAAGCAGAAUGGCAGAAAUGCAAGGACUGAUGGAAAGGCUGGAGCAGGCAGUCGUCAGGCUGGAGUUGCUGUCUGCAGAGUCACACAGGCCUCCUGGGGACUGCGGAGAAGUGAAUGGCGUCAAUGGAGGUGUGGCACCCUCCAUAGAAGCCUUCGAUAAGCUGAUGAACAGUAUGGUGGCUGAGUUUCUAAAGAACAGUAGGAUCCUUGCUGGUGAUGUAGAGACUCAUGCAGAAAUGGUGCACAGUGCCUUCCAGGCUCAGCGAGCUUUCCUUUUGAUGGCCUCUCAGUACCAACAACCCCAAGAGAAUGACGUGGCUGCACUGCUGAAACCAAUAUCGGAGAAAAUUCAGGAAAUCCAAACUUUCAGAGAGCGAAACCGGGGGAGUAACAUGUUUAAUCACCUCUCAGCUGUCAGCGAAAGCAUCCCUGCCCUGGGAUGGAUAGCUGUGUCUCCUAAACCUGGUCCUUAUGUCAAGGAGAUGAAUGAUGCCGCCACUUUUUACACUAACAGGGUCCUAAAGGACUACAAACAUAGUGAUCUGCGCCAUGUCGAUUGGGUGAAGUCAUAUUUGAACAUUUGGAAUGAGCUCCAGGCAUACAUCAAGGAACACCACACCACAGGCCUCACUUGGAGCAAAACAGGUCCAGUAGCAUCAACUGCAUCAGCAUUGUCUGCCUUCUCCCCUGGGCCUGGCCUUCCUCCACCCCCUCCUCCUCCACCUCCUCCAGGACCACCUCCACUUUUUGACAAUAAAGGCAGAAAAGAAGGGUCCUCUCCUUCACGUUCAGCUUUAUUUGCUCAGCUUAACCAGGGAGAAGCAAUUAUAAAUGGGCUCCGGCAUGUCACAGAUGACCAGAUGACACACAAAAAUCCCAGCCUACGGGCUCAAGGAGGACAAACUCGAUCUCCAACCAAAAGCCACACUCCAAGUCCCACUUCUUCCAAAUCUCAUCCUCCUCAGAGACAUGAUCCUGUGCUUGAAUUGGAGGGAAAGAAAUGGAGAGUGGAAUACCAAGAAGACAGGAAUGACCUUGUGAUUACGGCCACUGAACUGAAACAAGUGGCUUACAUUUUCAAAUGUGACAAGUCUACUCUACAGAUAAAAGGAAAAAUAAAUUCCAUAAUAAUUGACAACUGUAAGAAGUUUGGCCUUGUGUUUGACAAUGUGGUGGGCAUUGUGGACGUGAUCAAUUCCAAGGACAUUCAGAUUCAGGUAAUGGGGAGAGUGCCAACAAUUUCCAUUAAUAAGACAGAAGGUUGUCACAUAUACCUCAGUGAAGAUGCACUAGACUGUGAUAUUGUGAGUGCCAAGUCAUCGGAAAUGAACAUACUUAUCCCUCAGGAUGGUGACUAUAGAGAAUUUCCUGUUCCCGAACAGUUCAAGACGGUGUGGGAUGGAUCCAAGUUGGUCACUGAACCUGCAGAAAUUAUGGCCUAACCUCCAGAGUGAAGGAAGCUCCUGAUUCCCUGAACCCUCCCAUAUCCAAAAAAAAAAAAAAAAAAAAGCAGCAUUAAAGAUCUAGAAGUUGCAGUAACACCACUGCUUUUGUUUGGGCCUCCAGUAAUUCUGUGCUGUAGAAACAUCAUUGUUUCUGGCAUACUGUGGUGGGCAUUUUUGAUGUAUUCGAUAUUUCUUCAUGAUUUGCCUUUGUGUGUGAUUUUAGUUCCACAGGACUUGUGAGCAUUACAGAUUUUAAGGGAAAAAAAGAAUUCUGUUCCCCUCAUAUAUCAUUAACAUAAUAACUGAUAGGUAAAAAUACUGCAUGAUUCACUUUUACUCUUAUGUUUAAUUGCUAUUUGAAAAUUAAAUCUUUGAGAGCCUAAGAUGUACAUUUUCACCUCUUAGGUAAUUUCAAUAUGAUGUAGUAAUAGUGAACCCUGAAAAGUGUGCGAGUUUUUUGUUAUUUUUGACCCCAUGUUCACUUUCAUCAGCAUGAAUACAUUGUCAGGUGUGAAUACUUAUUUCUGCCCACAUUUUGAAAAAAAAAAAAAAAAGAAGAAGAAGACAUAAGAAAAUUUCAUAUUCAGGGCCAAAUUUACUUUCUUGGUCUUUGGAAGACUAUUUCUUUAUAGUUACU